GAUAUCCGGAUCCGGCAUCCGGCUUCUCGCUUCUUGAUUUGAAAGUGUUUUAGGUUUUAGUUGAAGAAAACUUGAAGUGUGAUAAUAUUCCGCGCACUGGAGUAUGAUUUGUGUUCUGUUCUUUGAUCUCUGGCAGUGUCGCACUUAGUGUGUUUUUCAAAAUCAACGGCUGGGCAUCAUUUCCCCAGAAGAAAGCAUUCUUCAGAUUCAUGUCUGAUGAAACUACCAGUGCUUCGAUGGAAAAUGGUCUCAGAUGAUAAGAAGUAACUAAGAGAAAAAGAUGCAGCAAUUGUUUUGGAUGUGAACUGAUGGCUCCUUUUAUUGCCUGUCUAUCGUGUACUACACAUGAUUAAAUCACCUCUUGGUUUUUCCUCUUGUAGCUAAGAUUUCUAGCCAACCUCCCCUUACAACAAAAUGGAAGAGUCGUGCCGCCUCUGUUUAUCGGGGAAAGAUGUCCUCAUUCCUAUAUUUUACGAAGGAUCGGCUUUGCCCACCAAUAUUCUGUCAUGUUUAGCUGUGCAGGUCUCUCCUGAUGAUAAUCAUAAACGCAUCUGUACCAUGUGCGACAAGAAGCUGCGUGAGUGGUGGGACUUCAAACUUGAAGUUCAAAGUGCGCAAAAAUUUCUUAACUUGCAGAAGCAACUUUACUCAAAAACAGUGACUUCAAGUGGAGAAAAUCAGAAUUUGAGUGAUGUAAGUGGAUCUAGUACUCCAAGAUCAGACAUUACUUCAAGACCUGAAGGCUCAUCAAGUUUUUCCGCUAGUGGAAUCAAGCAAGAAAACUCAAGUGACUCCAAAAAACGCAGCUCAAGUAAUAGAAAAAGUAUUCCUCCUUCAAUACCAGCAGACUCCAAUUCAUAUUAUGUUUCAAGUUCCUCAAGUGGGAGUACUAGUGGGCGUGAAUCAGCAGCAUCUAGUAACACUGCCAAGCGGAUGAACUCUCUCCGUUCAAAUGAUGAUGAUGAUUGCGUUGUCGUUGAUCAGCCACCAAAACGGAAAGCUCCAGUGGUGACCCUAGAUAAAAGCGGGAACAAAAAGCAAAAAAAGGCUGCAACCCCGUCUAAGAUGACCAAAAAAAAUAGUGAACCUGGAAAGCCCACUCCAAGCCAGACUCAUGAGCAGUCUCAAGAAAUAGACACAGGAGAACCACUAAAGUGUCAUUAUUGUACGUCAACUUUCUCCAAUAGAAUGUUACUAAAUUCACAUUUAAAAUAUCAUUCAGUAAACCGACGUUUCGGGAAGAAACACAUCAAGUGUCCGUACUGUCCCAUCGUCCUCCAGGUGUACAGUCUGCGCGGCCAUGUGAGGAACGUCCACAAAAUGGACCCAGAUGCAGCUGGGAUUUUAACUUACAUAGAAACUAAAUUCACCAAAGGAGCCAAGGCCACUGUGAUCGCAGAGGGUAUGAAAAUGGUGGUGUUUCCAUGCAAUCUUUGCAAGAACUCUUACAAAAAUCCCAUGGCACUGAAAGUACACAAAAAUAAGUUUCAUGGAAACAGAGCUACUUCAAAUCUGUUAAAAGUAAAACCUGCUCUCCACGUCAAGAAAAAUACAACCUGUGAUAAAUGCAACAGAAGGCUACUCAGCGUAAAAGCGGUGGCGAUCCACAAACAGUAUUGCGGUACAGAACGUGCUUCCAGUUGUCCAUUCUGUCAAAAGCAGUUUGAGUCUGUCCAAAGGUUAAGAAGACACAUCUCCGAAAAACAUAGCGGGGGUCCCAAAGAUGAGGGGGAGCACUCAUCCGCAAACUCAACGUCCAAAGUUUCAGCGAGUAGGGUACCCUCAGGAAACCCACCUCAGUGUGAGCCAGCACCCAGUUCCGUGCAGAAACAAGCUGCUAAAGGUGUCCCAAAACAUCAAUGCCAGCAGUGCACUCGAAUUUUUCACAGUGCAACUGGAGUCGAUGAACAUCUAAAAUAUUGUGGAGGUCCCCAAGCAGUCAAGUGCAGGCUGUGUCCGUACCAAUAUAAUAGUCCUCGGAGCUGUAACAUUCAUUCCGCCAACACACAUCAAAAAGUCGUAAUUCCGUGUGAUUUUUGUAAUCGAAAAUUCUCUUCGAAGGCAGACUAUUACCAGCAUCAGAAGAUUCACAAACAGUCACUCAAGUCAAAAAUGCUGCAUAAAUGCAGGAGCUGUCAGAAUAUUUACACUGGACUUAAAAGUUUCAAUAACCACAAAACCAAUUGUCGGCUAGCAUUCGAGUACAAAUGUGAAAAGUGUUUCCUUCAUUUCCAAGAAGAAAAUUCUCUCCAUAAUCACGUGCCCCAGUGUGUAGGUAAAUCACGGUUCGAAGAAAAACUUAAACUUUUGCAUAAAAGCAUCAAAUGUUUGCAGUGCACGAAAAAAUUCUCUAGUGAAAACCACUUCAUCAACCAUUUUGUUGAAAGUCAUGUCAAUGCUACCAACUCUAUUUUUUCUGGAGUCAACAUGCACGAUUGUCAUUCUUGCUUUUAUGCAGCCAACAAUCCAGAAAGCUUGAGGCGACACGGGGGGCAAUGCAGAGGAAUACCAUUCUAUGUCGUGAAAUCUGCUCUCCAGAAAUCUGAUCUUCCUUCAGUUCAAGAUGACUCAGGAAGCUUCAACUCACAGCAAAAUCCUGAAGAAAAUUUGCAUUCAGGAACAAGAAAUAACGAUCUUAAUAAACCUUCCUGCAGUACUAGUAGUGAUAUGAAUAUAGAAAUUACAAAAAUUUGCUCACCUGCAUUCAUGAACGAGCACUUGAAUGCUUCAAAAAGUGCUCAAGUCGUAGUUGAAAAGUUAUCUGAAAAACAAAUUCACAGAACAUCCAUUGAAUCCAUCAAGUCUGAGCCCAAAGUCGGAUUUAGUCCGCGCGAUAAAGUGCAGUGUGAAUUUUGUAAAAGAUUUUUCACUCCUACUGGUUUCCCCACUCAUAGGUGUCAUAAACGGAAAAAAAUACUGGCUCAACGUGCUAGGCAAAAGUCACAAGAGACAAAAGAAGUGGCAGCAGCUUCAACUUUGAUAAAGUGCGAAAUGUGUUUUGAAAUGAUUGCACAAGAAAACCUGGUAGAGCAUUGCAAGUCCGUCCACCAUGCCAUCAGGCCGGAGGAGAUGGCGCAAGGUAUGAUAACUGUUCAUCAGCACAAGCAAGCAAUUGAACAGAAUAUGAAACUAGAAAAAUAUCUGGCUGAUCUGGCAGCUUCCCAUUCUGUCAGGAAAAGCACCUCCCGCCCGGACACAUCACCUCAAGAAAGCGGUGACGAGGAUGCAGCUGGGAGUGAUGACAAGCACCAUUCGGCAGGAGCUACAACUUUGAUAAAGUGCGAUAUGUGUCUUGAAAUGAUCGCUGAAGAAGAUCUGAUAGAGCAUUGCAAGAUUGUCCACCAUGCCAUCAAGCCAGAGGUGAUGGCGCAAAAUUUAAUAAAUGUUCAUCAGCAGAAUAUGAGACUAGAAAAUUAUCUGGAUGAUCCAGAAGCCUCGCAUUCCGUCAGUAAGAGCACCACCCCGCUCGACACAUCACCUCAGGAAAGCGAUAAGGAGGAUGCAGCAGGAGAAUAUGACGAGCACCAUGGCAAUGAAUCUUUCGAAGACCCGAUUCUUAUCGAGUGCGACAUCUGCAAUGCCCAUUUCACAGCAACAGAACUGGAGGUCCAUUUAAGAGAUCAGCACAAUGCUGUAAAUCCAGCAGCAUUGGCCAAAACUAUGGGAGAAAACAAUAUAGCUAAGAUAAACGUCCAAAGCAUCAAGACAGAGCAUGAGAUGAGUCCAGAUGAAGAGACCUCUAGUCCGGAGAACUCUCCUGAUGGAGCAGAAAAUGUGCACAGUGAUCAAGAAGAGGACGAAGAGAACGAUGAGGGCGAGGAUAUUGAAGGUGUUGUUGAUAAUGUGGAGCAGCUUCAAGACGAGGAGGACUUCAGUUUUGCGGAGGAAGAAGAGGACAGAUCAGAGGAAAGAGUCAACACUUUACCCUUAGAAUCCAUCUUCUUGGGGGAUGAUGUGGAGUCUUCCCUUACAUCAAAUAUAGAUUUGCCUACAGAUUUUGGAAGAACUUAAUGGCCUUAUGAUACCUAAGCUCUUGAAACGGAGCGUUUACAGGGUUGGAACAAUCACGAAUUUACCCAAAAACCUUGAGGAAAAUCAGGUAAUUACCUGCUGAAGACUGAACAUUUUUCCUUUUCCUCGAUUUUUCUCCAUCUCGUAAGGUUUUAUAACCAUCAAUUCAAAACAAAGAUUUUUUGUUACCAUAGUCUUGUUUCAAAAAAAAAAAGAGGAAGAAAGGAAGGGAAAAGACAUCAGGACUGCCAUUUAAAUUUUAAGAUGAAUGUUGAAAAUCAUUGCUUUAAUCAUGAUUGUUAGAAUUUUGACUGGAAGUAUCAGGGAAUUUCCUCAUUCUGAGAAAAUAGAACCUGAAAAAGUUGCGGAGUAUAAAUUUCUAAAGAUAUUAGGACCUUGAAUGAGCGUUCCUGAGUUACUGUGGAAAUUUUUUCUUGUAUCCCAGGGUUUUCCAGUGCAAUAAGUAAAUUCCCUAGGUGCCCAUCUGGAAAAUCAGCCGUAAAAAUCAUUACCUCUGUCUUUAGAAAUGUUUUAUGUGUACUCUGUUGCUUCAAGUUCCUAUCGGUCAGCGAUUCUAUUUGUUUUCCUAAUUGAAAAUUGAAAAAAUCGUUGUGGUUCCCUACAGGCUGAGGAAGAGUUCUUAACCCCUGAUUCAUAAUUAUAAAUGCAACGUUUUAACUUGUGAAAAUCAAAGAUGCCUGGUACAGUGAGGAGUUAGAACUGAAUGUUAAGGAUGCUUUUUAACUGUUUUCUUUUUACUAAACUUAAGUCAAUUUUUUUAAUCUCUCAGUGCUUGGGUCAAUUUGCUGAGUGAAGGACUGGAUCAUCAUGUGAAGAGAAAAUGGUAUUUUUUAAAGAGUCCCCUCUUUUCUGCAAUGAACUUAUAUCAAACCAACUUUGUGAAAUUGCUGGUUUCUCUCUAAAGUUUUUGAAGGAAUUAUAAUGACUCUAUCUCAAAGCUUGCUGUAGCUGUCUAUUUCUAAGAAAUUGUUUAUGAAGACAGGAAAUUAAAGCCCAAAUUAUUCUAGCGGGAAAUUCACUGCCCAAUUUGAUUGAUUCAAUUAAAUUUUUUGUCCGCUGUUAAUUUGGCUUUAAUGGGUCUGUUGAACACUGAAGAUACAACCUCGGAGGACUUUCUUCAAGGGUUAAAUUCGCUUGAAAAUCUUGUGAAGCACAUCAAAUAUGUCUAAAAUCCAUUCGGAAAUGCUAAAUUUCCGUUUUCUGCAUCACUCAUUUCCAAUUUAUUAUGUCUGUAGGCAAUGUUUCUUGGUCACUGGCCGUCUGGUUUGCCCAAGGAGGGUUUUCAAAAACCUAAUUUAUGUACAAGAACAAUCCAGCAAUUUUUUAUCAAUCCUCCCUACAUAUGAUUUCAAUAAUUUUGAAGUUUUUGUUCCCUUCCCAUUUAUAAAAAAGUGAAAGUUUUGAGUAGAAAACGGGUACAUCUAUCCAUGAGAAAUAUUGAGAACACUUUUCAAGUUUAUUUUUAAUGAGGCUUGAUUUGAACAAUACCAUUUUAUUUGUAUGUGAAUUAGAACCAAGGUGUUGUGUUUAGUAUUUAUUAAUCACUAGCGAUUAAUGAAUAUUAAACAUAGCACCUUGGUUCUUAUUCACACACAAAGUUUUUUUUGUUAAGUUUGGUCAAUUUUCCUCAGACCUCUCCCUAAGUGAACCAUAACAUGGUCAAUUUGAAAACUAGCAAUUCAGGCUAUUGUAAUUCUGCAUUUCAGAGGUAUUUUAGACAUUUUUGAUGUGCGCAAUUGAAAUUUUUUCCAUUCGGCUGUACCUCUUGAGGAUAACAGGCACAUUUAGGAUUUUCAAAAAUACCUCCUAGAAAUAUGUAGCUGACAAUGAGCUGAAAUGUGCUUUGGUAAAACCAUUCCGUCAUUUGCUUAAAAUCCUAGAUGAAACUAGUCUUUCAGCAAAAUCUGUUCAAUUUUUUAAUGUUUGUUUACCUCUGAUCUAGAUUAUUUUUUUAGUAUUUAGAAAACUUAAAUUACUUGUUAAUGAAUCACUCUUUACUUACCAGCCCUUACCUAGGCCCAUGGUCCUAUCUUUGCACACAAUUCCUUAACGCAAUUUCGCUUCUAUGUUUUUUUUUGGAAACAAAUGGUAAGAGAAGAAGCUAUCAGUUUAGACCAAUACUUGUUUGUGCAUGAUUAAAAGGGAUCAAAAUGAGCACUGUAAUUCAAUUGAGCUAUUUUAAUUGUUUUAUCUCCAACUUAAUUAUUGUGUAGGUACUUUCAAAUGCUCAUACUUCUCACCAAGUCUUUCAUGGUGGGAUGAUCCUGUCAAGCAUGAUUCUAAAGACUUCCUUUGAAAAAAAAGGAACUAUGUACUUGUAGGUUCAAUCAAUCACUAAAGAAGUGUGCUGUUAAUAAUGAAACAGGCAGAAAAAGAUGUCUACGUUCCUCUUGUCGCAUCAAUUCUAAGUCUCAGUAUCACAGCUGUCAUUAACUGGUCGCCAACAUGAUCUCGUCUUGAAAUGACUGCAAUUGCAAAUUAAUGUGGUCUGUUCGAGGUACGCUUUAAAUCAUUAAUUAAAACUAAAUUAAUUAUAGAGAACGAAACAUCAAAAUGUUUUAUCCAGUAGAUAAAUGUAUAAAUACAAAUUUAUAAAAAAACGGAAAGGAUAAAUUCUGAUUUGGUCCCAUCAUUGCCUGAGGAAGGUCUUUUUAUAUUCAUUAUAUGUUUUUAAAUAUAACUUUCUUUUGUUUCAAAUUUUUGUUCUCCUCUAGUUUUUUACUUGUUAAUUUUUAUCUUAUUAUAUACCUAUUAUUUUGAACAUUAGUAUUUUUUAAGUGAUUUUAGGUACCCUUGUCAAGGACAAAGGUAACAUUUCCAGGUGUAAAGACUCAUCUAUACUGUGAAACUGCAAGAAUAUGUAUCUCAGUUUAUGUUGCUGUAGACUGCCUGUCCUGAUUGAUUUUUGAAUAAUAAAAAUAUUCAACUUUAUUGCUUGAAAUUUUUCAUGAUUUUCUUCUUGUAUGUGAAGAAAAUUCUGUGAAAAUUUCCAGUAAUAGUGUUGGUUUGUUUUCCCUUGAUAAAAUGAAAUUGCAGCAGAGGUUCUGAGACACCAUAAAAAAGGUAUGUGUUUUUGCAGUUUCACCAUAAUUAUGUGGUCCGCCUUUUUUUGGAGAACUAUCUCUUAAAUUCUCAGGAACACUCAAUUUAUCUGUUCUCAUUAUUAUUACUUCAUUUGGAUGAAUUUUAAAACUAUCAGCUGGAAACUUUUUUUUUUAUGAAGAAUAAAAUAAUUUCAUACAUAA